AUGAGUAAGAAAGAUUAUGAAGGAAUGAAAGGAAUUUCACCAAUUUUGAAACAAGAUUGGAAUCCUAAUCCAUCAAUUAUAUGUUGUUACGAUUCUAUGCAUGUUCUUUAUGAAGGAUUAUUUCAAGAUUUCAUGUCCUUAAUUCCAGAAAGUUAUUGGGAAAAAUUUGACAAAAUAUUCCUCAAACAAAAAUAUCCUUCAUUCCUUCAUAAACACCCAAGAAAAAUCACAAACGGAAAAACAAUGAAUAAGUUAAGAGCUAUUGAGGUUUAUAUGAUUUGUCAUUACUUUUUGGAAAUAUUUAAUCAUAUUGGCGAAAUUUCUUCCAUUCUUGUAUAUGUUGAGAUGAUUACAGAAUUAACAAGAAUAGUUGAUCACCUUACAGAUUCAUUUCAAUUGGAAACUCUUGAUUUUUUAGAAAUUCAAUUAUUAGAUUUGUUGUACAAGUACCAAAAUAUUGUUGGAGAGAAAAAGGCAACACCAAACUUUCACAUCGUUUCCGAUUUAAUCCAGAGUUGUAAAAUGUAUGGCCCACUAGCUCACAAUUCAGCAUUCAUUGGUGAAGGGCUUAAUUUCACUCUUUCCAAAACCUACGUAUGCUCAAACUCUGCAAGGUAUUCAAUCAUGUACUUUGAUAUGUGCCAACUUUGUGAUAUUUUGGAUUUAGGAGAAGAUCUUAGCAAAGGACAGUGCAUAUUUGGAAAUUAUGUUAUUUCCAAAAAAAGAGAUUUUAUUACCAACAUAAAAUCGGGCAGAGUGUUUCAGAUUGACUCUUUCUCUGAAGAUUACAACACAAUCACUUUAAAAAGUGUAAAAUCAGAUACUUUAUUAGUGGUAGAAAGGAAGGACAUUGAUAAAUACCUUCCUUGUGUACAACUAUCACUUCCAAAGAAGGAAAUCUAUACAACUGUACACAAGAACACUUUUCAAUAUCUCUAA